AAAUCUCAUCUUGACACGAAUCAGCUGCGCGUCCAACUCAUGUGCUUGCGUGUUGCAUUCGCCUGAUAAGAAUAUUAAAUAUGGCGCGCGCGUAUGACGGCCUGGACGACGACGAGCUCGACGCCGAGCCAGAAACGCCGUGGAAAAUGUUAUUACCGAUGAUAAUCAACGCGCUCAUGUCGAUAGGCGUCUACCUGACGACGGUGCGUCUCAUCCCGAAACUCCGCGACAAGUUCAUCAAAGCCAACCUGUUCGGCAUCGACAUGAGCAAAACAACACAAGAUAAAGUCCCGGAGGCCAUCGGCGUGGUGUGCGGAUGCAUGUUCCUAAUCACAAUGUUCCUCUUCAUACCGAUACCGUUCAGUGAUACGCUCACCGGUGGCCAGUUUCCACAUCAUGAAUUCGUGGAGCUGAUAGCAGCGUUAUUAUCAAUAUGCUGUAUGCUGCUGUUGGGUUUCGCUGAUGAUGUGUUGGAUCUACGAUGGCGGCAUAAACUCCUGCUGCCUACAGUAGCCUCGCUGCCAUUAUUGAUGGUUUAUUAUGUGAAUUACAACUCGACGACAAUCGUCGUACCGAAGCCGUUUCGGGAAUACCUCGGGAUGACUGUUAACUUGGGGAUUUUGUAUUAUGUGUACAUGGGGAUGCUGGCCGUGUUCUGUACAAACGCAAUAAACAUUCUCGCCGGCGUGAAUGGCCUCGAAGUUGGUCAGAGUAUCGUCAUCGCCGCUUCGAUUCUACUCUUUAACUUCGUCGAAGUUGAUGCGAAGACGUGGACGCACCAAAUGAGCAUUUACUUCAUGAUGCCUUAUAUCGCCACAUCCGCAGCGUUGUUAAAACACAACUGGUAUCCAUCAAAAGUGUUCGUGGGAGACACAUUCUGCUACCUCUCGGGGAUGACAUUCGCGGUGGUUGGCAUCCUCGGCCACUUCAGCAAGACGACGCUGCUCUUCUUCAUACCGCAGGUGUUCAACUUCCUCUACUCGGUGCCGCAGUUGUUCCACCUCGUGCCAUGUCCGCGCCAUCGCCUGCCCAAGUUCAACUCGAAGACUGAUAAGCUGGAGAUGAGCUGCACGCGUUUCAAUGUGCGUGAUGUCGGCUGCGUGGGCCGGAUGAUCCUCUACCUCUUCCGCGCCUUCGGUUUGAUAAAAUGGCACGCGAAGGGCGAUGAGGUGAUCACGAACAAUUUCACGCUGAUCAAUCUCGUGCUCAAACUGAAAGGGCCCACGCACGAGGCGAAGUUAACUAGUAUAUUGAUCGGGAUUCAGAUCGCGUGUACCUGUCUAGCGUUCGCCAUUCGCUAUCCGCUGGCGCAUCAUUUCUAUGAUUGAAUCAACCACCACGAUGUUUGUACAUAUUUGCUCCUCUUUUUACUUUCGUGAACGAAUAAUGAUGCUUCGUUGAUUGUUGAUACUAUUUAAUACUAGCGAAUUGUUGAGUAAUCUUACAAACGUGGAUAAUGUGACAGACAUAUCAUAAAUUUAGGCCGAAUACGAACUAGUCUAGUGAUUAGUUUGCAUUUUGAUAAGAAUUGCCAUGUGCAUGCAGGGUGUACGUCGAUUUAGUUGCCAGUUUUGAGUUGUGCACAAACAAAACAAUACGAAAACAUUGUUUAUGACCAAUAUAUAUUAAUUUAUAUAGAUGCUUCGAAACAGAACACCAAAACAACGCAGAAAUUGAGAGAAUUGAGUUGUCAGUUCCUAUAAAGUACGAAUAUUAGAGAGAUUUUUAGUGUAGCGCUUCUUAUUUGUAGCUUUUUCUUCAAAUUCGACAUUCAAUAUUCUAAAUCUAAAUAUUUACUUAAUAAUACGAAGUAUGUUGUUGGAGAGUACCAAAGAAUACCAUAUAAAUACUUUUGAAGAAA